UGCCCUUGGCUUCCGUUGACCCCUCUCCUGGGCUCGCUCAGGGUUUGCCGCAGGUGGAGCUGCGAGCCGAGCGGGGAUCAUGGCUGCCUCGAAGCCCGUGGAGGCCGCUGCGGGCGGUGGCUCCGCCGGCGGAGGGACAGGCUCGGGGCUGCCGCGCUGGCAGCUGGCCCUGGUGGUGGGGGCGCCGCUGCUGAUCGGGGCCGGGGCUCUGUACCUGUGGGGGCGGCGGCGGCGGGCGACGCGAGGCGGAGGCAAAGGCGCGAGCGAGAGGAAGACCCCUGAGGGGAGAGCCAGCCCAGGGCCCGCCGACGGCUCCGGGGGCGGCCACCCCGAUGGCCCCGGCGGAGACGAGAUGAGUCCUCUUGAUAGAGCCCAAGCAGCAAAGAACAAAGGCAACAAGUAUUUUAAGGCUGGAAAAUAUGAGCAAGCCAUUCAGUGCUAUACUGAAGCCAUCAGUUUAUGUCCUUCUGAGAAAAAUGCUGACCUUUCCACCUUCUUCCAGAACAGAGCUGCAGCCUAUGAACAACUGCAAAAAUGGAAAGAAGUGGCACAAGACUGCACAAAGGCUGUUGAGCUUAAUCCCAAAUACGUGAAAGCUCUCUUCAGGCGUGCUAAGGCACACGAGAAAUUAGACAAUAAAAAAGAAUGUUUAGAAGAUGUCACUGCAGUCUGCAUUUUAGAAGGGUUUCAAAAUCAGCAAAGUAUGCUGCUAGCAGAUAAAGUUCUCAAACUUCUUGGGAAAGAAAAAGCCAAAGAGAAAUAUAAGAACAGGGAGCCCCUGAUGCCUUCGCCACAGUUCAUCAAAUCUUAUUUCAGCUCGUUCACAGAUGACAUUAUCUCCCAACCUCUUCUUCGGGGGGAGAAGUCUGAUGAAGAUAAGGAUAAAGAAGGAGAAGCCUCUGUAGUGAAAGAAAACUGUGGCUAUUUAAAGGCCAAGAAAUAUAUGGAAGAAGAAAACUAUGACAAAAUCAUUAGUGAAUGCACUAAAGAAAUUGAGGCUAAAGGAAAAUAUAUGGCUGAAGCCUUGCUGUUGCGAGCUACUUUCUAUCUGCUGAUUGGUAAUGCAAAUGCUGCCAAACCAGAUCUGAAUCAGGUCAUUGACAUGGAAGAUGCCAAUGUAAAGCUUCGUGCUAAUGCCCUCAUAAAACGAGGCAGUAUGUAUAUGCAACAGCAACAACCUAUGCUCUCCACUCAAGAUUUUAAUAUGGCGGCUGACAUUGAUCCUCAGAAUGCUGAUGUUUAUCAUCACAGGGGGCAGCUGAAAAUUCUUCUUGACCAAGUUGAAGAAGCUGUAGAAGAUUUUGAUGAAUGUAUUCGUUUACGACCAGAUUCUGCCUUAGCACAAGCUCAGAAAUGCUUUGCACUGUAUCGGCAAGCGUACACUGGAAACAAUGCUUUGCAAGUACAAGCGGCAAUGAAAGGCUUUGAGGAUGUUAUUAAAAAAUUUCCAAGAUGCGCUGAAGGCUAUGCUCUCUAUGCCCAGGCAUUAACAGAUCAACAACAGUUUGGAAAAGCUGAUGAAAUGUAUGAUAAAUGUAUUGAUCUUGAGCCAGACAAUGCUACUACUUAUGUUCAUAAAGGCUUACUUCAGCUUCAGUGGAAGCAGGAUUUAGAUAAAGGUUUGGAACUUAUAAGCAAGGCCAUUGAAAUUGAUAAUAAAUGUGACUUUGCAUAUGAGACGAUGGGGACAAUUGAAGUGCAAAGAGGCAAUCUGGAUAAAGCCAUUGAAAUGUUCAACAAAGCUAUUAACUUAGCCAAAUCUGAGAUGGAGAUGGCUCACCUCUACUCGCUCUGUGAUGCUGCCUAUGCCCAGACAGAAGUUGCAAAGAAAUAUGGAUUGAAACCACCAACGUUGUAAAAGAAAAAAUGGGGGAGGGAAGUAAUCUUUUAAAAAGUAAAGCUGCCCACUUUGACCUUGCCCUAAAGACACUGGCAGUUUCUUGAAUGGUGAUUUUUUUUUCCUGUUUGUGGUGGUGUAGUUAUCUGUUAAACGUUUAGGUGUUGUGGGAGUGGCUGUGUGAGAAAGGAAGCCGUUUGUUCCCUCUGCGGCAAAUAAUUGUUAAAAGGAGACUAAAAAACAAGAGUUUGCAAGGGGAUUAAAGAUCAUUUCAGCCAUGCAAAUAAAAACCUUUUUGACUCAUUUUUUGCAGGUGGCUGUUACGAGUGAAUGGUUCUGUCUACAAGGGUGAUUUUAAAAAUUUCAUAGGGUGUUUAAUUUUUUUUAUUCCAUAAAUCCCUUUGGAUUUAUUUUAAUUUUGCAAAAGAAAAGUUGCAGAAGAAUUUAAUAGUAGGGAUUUUAAGACAACAAUAGAUGCAGCAUAAUCUUUCAAUAUAUGUGUUGUUUACAGGCCCCUUUCCCAUUCUCUGUUUCACAUAAGAAGGUAGUGGCAGCUUUGAAGAACUUGAAGUUCACAGUAUGCUGCUCUGUUAAAUGGUUUGGCAUAUCUGUUUCAAAACAGCCUCACACGUCAUCUUGGUAACAGAAGGUUCUCUCCCAUGGAAUGGGUUUUUCAGUUUAAUUGACUAAAGUUUGCAUGUGCCCUGAAAGAGAUCAAUCCAUUUUUCAGGAGAGGAAGUUUUCCACUGUAUAGGCAAUUUCAGAACUGGGUACAAGACUGUUCAGAUUUAGUACAUGUUUGUACAUUUGCUACUUGUAUGCCGAAACAAAGUAUUGUGAACCCUUGUUGGGAUAAGAUUUAGUGGAAAUGGUCUAGCAUUUGGAAACUGUAGCAGCUGUUAUUUGUACAAGAAAUAAUAUUUUCUAUUGGUAUUACAAGGUACCAGUUAGUAGCAUUGAUAUCCUUUGAUAGGAAGUCUUUACCAGUGCUAAGUCAGAAUUUAAGAAGCUGUGGAUGCUGAUCUCAGUUGUCUUUUUCUUACAUGCUACUAAAGGCAAUGCAUAUGUUACAGGAAGUUCAUUGUGUGAGGCAGGUAUAUCAAGUCCAUCUUGAGUUUAUUAAACUUGGGCCUUACUUUUUUUGUUCCUCGUGUUGAUACAGUGCAUCUAAUAGUUUACACUUUUUUGUGAUGAAUACAGUAAAUGAAGUUGGCGGUUCUGGGAAAUUUAACGCCCAAUGUAUGCUGAGCUGUUUCAGAUCUCUUUAGAAAUAAUGUGACUAACUGGAGAUCUUCUUUUUCACCCACUCUUUAACCAAAAUAGUUCUGAAUCCCUGUACAGUCUAAUUUUGACUAAACCAUUUUUUCCCCAAAGGGGUUUUUAUUUGCUUGGCUUUAUCUACACUGACACGUCUCCCUCCUGAAGACAAUGAAGAAUUAAGCAUGUGCUGCCUGAUUCUAGCAUUCCAAAUCAUCACAGACUGUUGCCUGCUCUUCAGAUAUUUGAAAACUGCACUGAAAAAUGCAUUUCUUAUUUUUUUUUGUAAAUGACUUGACACGUGUAAAGUCAUGAAAUAAAUACUACAGUGAAAUCUCUCUGAUA